AAACGCCGUAAUGGUUGAAUUAUCUUGACGCUGUUCCAAGAGUCACAUGACUGCUCACAGGCGGUCCCAUCAGCCACAGGGAAUCACCAGCCACAGAUCUCACUAGCCACUCACAUCAGUUGCUUUCCCCCAGGAUAUGUCAGGGUUAGGGUCAUGAUGAUGGCUCUGUCACCAACAAGACAAUGUCACUCCAGUCAUUACUCACAAACUGAGGGUCGAGUUUUGAAUGUCCAAGGAUUUCAUCCUGGCGUCCAUGUAUUUUGACGUCCGACGCAGCUACGAUCAUUUCAUCAACAACAGGUCUGCUGGUCUUGAGAUGGGUGAACAACACCGGCACCAGAGCAGCGCUGGACACCUGGGACAGGCAGUCAGCACAGAACAGCAAGCCAGAGGGAAGAAAGCAUCGUGUGCUGACGGUAUCAUGAUGCAUUCCAGGCCUUCAAAGCGAUAAUCUGCCAGUCCACACAUUCACUGUCACGGGCGAUCUGGCCUGCCUGCCACACGCAGCAGCCGCCCCGGCUUGAUCGUCAAAUAUGGCAGAAUAGCUACCGGCUGAUUGCAACCUCUUCCCAAACCAACCGAGAACGAGCAGCAGCAUCCACGGUUCAAUAAAUGGCGAUUUCAGGGACGGGGCAUCGUUGUUAUGUCUCACAGCAGGUGGACUCCCACGGUUUCCGCCCUGGCACAAAAGUGUCUCAAGCAGGCCCCUAAAUAGGUAGUGGUCUGUCAAACAUAGUCUGAAGAAGCAGAUAAAAGGGCAACGACAAAAGGAGGAUUCAAGAAGACAGAGCAUUGAAGCCAUCAAGCAACCAACGAAUCACCUCACUGCCGAAACAAAGAAGAGUAUCCAGGGCGUCAUACAUGACCGCCGAGACCUCGCUAGACAUUCACGCCUAUUUGCUUCCAGAAGGGAGAAAAGCACGUUAAACCUAUUACGGACAAAGGCGUUGAUCUUUCCUAGCGACUGCUACCAGACACCCCAAACCCCCGCACUCUCCAACUCCUCCUCGAGAUGGCCUCGUGGUCCAGCCAUCCGUUCCGUCGACACAUCCACCACCAACCCGCCAAUCUGGUCUCGGACAGCUUGGCGCACCUUGGCUUUGACCUUUUCGCCGCGGGGAACCAUCACCAAAAUGCAUUUGCCGAGCCUUCUCCAAAAUGCUUCAUCCAUGCGGUUGGAUGAACAGGAAAUGGAGGGUGUCAUGUUGGUUAACGCCACCGCCCAACUUAGGGAGGGCUCAUCAUGUACCGGUUAUUCUCAAGCGGAGGAGGGGGAAGGAGACAACGUAACCGUAAGUGACGGCGAAGAGACGGGCGGCAGAGAGAAUGUCACAAUGCAGAGCUGAGCUUGCAUGCCGCAAGCUGUAUACCCAAUGUCACGGCUGCCAGAUAAUAUCCAGAAAAUGUACGCAUCUGGCAUGAAGCCGCUAAGACGUGAACGGACAGACAAGUUGACAACAAGGGGUGACAAAAGGGGACCCAAGAGCAGGAAAGCGUGUGUCGAUGAUAUAUAAGCUAAAAGCACGCUGCGAAAAAGGGUUCUUGCAAAUCCUAACUCUUUAUGCCUUUUAUCAACUGCAGACAAUCUGAAUAUUCCAUUCCUACCGCUAUCUACAGUUGCAACAAGCUUUUCGGCUAGCGGGUUGGCAACGGGAGAUACCGCGAACCGGAGCAAAUGUCCGUUGUCUUGUUUGGGUUUUCUCCGAUUGUUCAUAAGGGGUAAACCCGCCGUCAGCUAUCCACCCACCUGUGUCUGCCCUGCCCCGUCUUUGUCAUUGUCUUAUAUACCCUCGAAGAUCAAUCGACAUCACCUUUGAGCCGUCAGGGUUCAACUAUCACAGUUCAGGUCGACCUCAUCACAUAACGACAUCAAAAUGGGGGACCUAGAGAAGGAAGUCGCUCUCCAUCACGAGCAAACACCCAAAGACGCCGCCUCCUCUUCCAGCACCUCCCUCCCCGAGCUCUCCUGGACCGACGCCGAAGAGACGGCCAUCCGGCGCAAGAUUGACUGGCACUGUGUCCCCAUUGUCACGCUUCUGUACAUGCUCUGCUUCCUCGACCGAGUCAACAUCGGCAACGCACGCAUCCAAGGUCUCGCCACCGACCUGCAUCUCGAAGGGACGCAGUUCAACUGGGCCCUCUCCAUCUUCUACAUUAUCUAUCUCCUAUUCGAAGUACCAAGCAAUGUCCUCCUCAAAGCGCUCGGCCCCCGGUUCUACCUGCCCCUGUUAGUCUGCGGCUUCGGACUGGUAUCCCUGUGCACGGCCUUUGUCACGAAUUUCGGCGGGUUGAUGGGCGCCCGAGCGGUACUCGGUGUCUUUGAAGGCGGCGCGAUGCCGGGUAUGGCGUUUUUCCUCAGCACUUUCUACAAGCGGGAGGAGUUACUGUUCCGCAUCGGGAUCUACGUCUCCGCGGCCUCCAUCGCCGGGGCGUUCGGUGGCUUGUUGGCCACGGGCCUCUCGAGGAUCCCGGAGUGGGGAGUGGCGGGCCACACGAUCCACACGUGGAAGAACAUUUUCUUCUUCGAGGGGCUCAUCACCAUACUUAUCGGGCUGGCGGCGCCGGUUUGGAUGCCUACCGACCCAAGGACGGCGUGGUUUCUGAAUGAAAGGGAGAAGAGCAUCGCGGCGGAACGGCUAGUCAGGGAACACCGCACGGAUCCUGCCCAAAAAGUUGAGUGGCGCCAUGUCAAGUUGGCGGUGAUGAACGUGCAUAAUUACACGUGCGGGAUCGGGUUCUUUUUGAUCAAUAUCACGGUGCAGGGACUGUCGGUGUUCUUGCCGACCAUCUUGAAGGAUCUGGGAUGGCAGAAUACCAAGGCCCAGUUGUAUAGCGUGCCGCCGUAUGUGUGCGCUUGCUUGGUCGCCAUAGCGGUGGCGUAUGGGAGCGAUAAGAGUCGGCAGAGAGGCAUUUGGCUGGCGGCAUUUUCGGUGCUGGCGUUGAUCGGGUUCGCGAUUCUGAGGUGGGUCAGUCAGCCGAAUGUGAGGUAUAUGGCUGUCUUCUUUGUGACGGUUGGCGCGUUCCCUGGUGGGCCCGGGUUCCUGAGUUGGGCGAUCAACAAUUCGGCUGGACCAGCUGUUCGCGCGGUUACCAGCGGUUAUGUUGUGACAUUAGGGACUAUUGGCGGUAUCGUUGCUACCUGGACCUACGUCCCAAGCGAUGCCCCCAAGUACCACACCGGCCACACCAUCAACCUCGGCGGACAGAUUGGCGUCGUAUGUCUGUCCAUCUUUGGCAUCCUCUACUGUGCAUGGGAGAACCGCGCCAGGGCAGCAGGCAAGAGAGAUCACAGGCUGGAGGGUCUGACGGAGGAGGAACAGGAACACUUGGGGAACAGACAUCCGAGGUUCCAUUUGUGGACUUGAAGCAUCGACCAUUGUCCUUUACCCGGGCUGGGUUUCGCUGGUGUAUGGCCUCAACUUGCCAAUGUCAUAUAUCUUCUCUCUUCGUGCUAAUGAAUAUUUGAACAUAACCCCUUA